AUGAUUGGAACUGAUCCUAUUGCUGUUGAAAGAAUUGCUAUUGCUAUUGCAUCUACUAUGUGUAAUACUGACAGAGAUUUUAGUAUUGAAAGGGCUACAAAGUUAGGGGCUAAAGGGUUCACUGGCACAACAGAUCCUAUAGUUGCACAGGCAUGGAUGACAAAGAUAGAGAGGGUAUUUGACGUUAUGGGUUGCUCAAACGAUCAGAAGUUGUGUCUUGCCACCUUUUUAUUAGAGGAGGGUGCGUAUGAUUGGUGGCAGUCGGUACAGAGCGCAUAUCUAGACCCUUCCAUCAGUACUUGGACAGAUUUUCGUCGUAUCUUUUACGAUGCCUAUUACCCUCAGUCUUAUAAAGAUGCAAAGCAGGAAGAAUUUCUGAAACUAAUACAAGGCCAGAUGACUAUUGCAGAAUAUCAAGUGAAAUUUAUUGAACUUUCAAAGUAUGCCCAAGUUCUGGUAAACAACGUAAUUGAUAAAUGCAGACGGUUUGAAAAUGGGUUAAGGGAAGAAAUCAGGUCAGUAGUAACAGCUGCCGGCUGGAAUGAAUUUGGCAAAUUAGUGGAAUCAGCUUUGAGAGUAGAAAAGAGCAUUUCUGAUAGGCCAAGUGGUAGAGAACAAACAAUGUUCAGAGCAAGCGGUAGUCAGACAAUGGCAAGUGCUUCUAGCUAUAGACCACCACGGAGGGAUAGUAGAGGAUUUCGACUUGGUGUGUCCAGUUUAGGUCAAUUCAAAUCUCGACUCCAAGGAAGUCAGGGUCCUAGAUUCAGUCCCAGUACUAUACAGCAGCCAUUGGCCAGUCGUAAUUAUACUCAAGGUUCUUUCCAGAGAUCAUUUACUCCGAGACAGGGAGAAAGUUCUACUAGUGCCAGAUUUUCUUCUUGCCAAUUAUGUGGAAGAUCUCAUCCUGGAGAGUGUUUAAAGUUCAAGGGAGUUGGUGUUUGCUAUCGCUGUGGUCAAGAAGGACAUCUGAAAAAGAAUUGCCCAGUUGCAUUCCAGGAGGGUAGCAUGGCACAGAGGAUGUUUCUUCAGUAG